UACUGUGCCGCUGACAAUGAGCUGCGGCGGUGACUGUGAUAAGUGAUCCUAAGUGAUCCGUAUAAACCCAUCUUCAUCGCUGAACGCGAGCAGUGGCAGUGGAGAAAGCUCGCACGUCGGUUGCUGUAAGAGCACACCUCUUGAUGACUCGCGCUUUACGUGAGCCGCAGGCAAGUCGGAGCUCGCAAUUAUGUUUGAUGUACCGCAGAAGUUCUACGAGCUGUGUCGCCUUUGUUUAUCCCUGGAUGGUGUCAAGUAUUCCAUAUUCAGGGAGGCGGGCACUCAACAGAAUUUCGCCGAGAAGAUAUCGGCGUGUCUGUCAAUCACAGUAAAAGAUGAUGAUUCCUUACCGCCGAUUAUUUGCCAGCAAUGCGUAUGUAAGUUGGAUAUGCUGGACAACUUUCGCGAAAUAUCGCAAAAAUCUGAUGUCUUACUCAAACAGUACCUGGAUUAUACCAAGCAACAGUCGUCUCAUGACGAGCUGAAAGAGUCUUUCUCCACUGCCAAAGUAGCGGGCGAGAGCCCUCUGCAAUCGUUCCUCGAAUUGAAUAGGAUGUUGUUCAACGAGGAGCCUAACUCCGAGCCGGCCAGCAUUAAUCAAAACAUAAUACCUCAAACUCAAACGCAUCAUCUAGAAUUGCAGAACAGUGAUAUGCAAGAACAUAAUAUUAAGUGCGAGCCAGACGAUGACAACAGUUCCAAUAGUUCUGAUCCUGAACGAUUAGAGAUUGAAGAUCGUGAUGAACAGGAAAUUGAAGGCGAGGCAAAUGGUUAUGAUAUGACCGUUAGUAAGAGGAUUAGAGUCGAGAGUAAUUACGAUGGUUCCGAAUCCAACACAGCAAAUUGCAGUCCAGUUAAUAGAAUGGACACACCAGAGAGUAACUGUUCCGACGGUCACAUUGAUCAAGAAACGACAAAGCUAUGGCAAGCUCUAGCCAACAACAGAAGCUUGGAAAUUACGCGAACCAAUGGUGAUAAACUGAACAAUGGAUUUACUGGCGAAGCUACCACUUUACUACGUUCUUUGAUCAACAAUAGACAGAUCGGUAUUACUACUAUUGAUUCGGACAAAAUGUCCUCGCAAAUCAGAUUUUAUAGGGAUACUCAAGGGACAGCUACAGAGCGUAUGUUGGCUGAUUUUCCUGUGCUUGGCAAUCGUACUAAUAUAGGAAGCUUAGAAAAUAAGUCUGUACAGAGUGCUUCGAUAGACAGUAAUCCGUCUAGCCCUGCCAGUAUUGGUCGUAAGGAGAUGGCGACGACGACAAAAGGUCGUAGAAAACAAAGCUAUCCGAGUAAAGCUCCAGCAAGUCCGGAUAUUAUCGCCAGUUAUCAAUAUGACCAUAGCAAUGAAGAGCAAGCACAUGAUUUUACCACAUGGUCGAGCAAGAUAAAGAAUAAGAUGGACGAUCAGAAAUUUGAUCAACAAAGCGGUAACGUAGCAAAAAAGGUCGAUAUGUCUUGUACAAAUUGCGGCACCAUGACAACAACUAUUUGGAGAAGGAAUAUGAAGGGCGAGAUGGUGUGCAACGCUUGCGGAUUGUAUUAUAAGCUACAUGGUGUUAAUCGUCCGGUUACUAUGCGAAGAGACACUAUACAUACGCGCAGACGUAGACCCAAAGGCGAGAAAUCGACGAGGCAUAGAAAAAAAGGGGACACUGUCUUAGCCUCUCCGUCAAUAAGAGAACAAAUGGAUGCCGAGAGUGCGGAUAUGCUGAAUGCUCUUCGACAACAAAUUCAUCCUCAGUUGAUGAUGCAUGCGGCGUUGACGCCUACACGCAUACCCAGUGGCCAUCCGCCUCCAUCAGUUGCUUACUCAUUACCUUUAUCUAGUUACAUGAUUCAUCCACACAUGAAAACCGAAGAGCGUGUGCAACGACACUUGUCUGUGGAUGAGGAUGCAGACGAAGGUGAUGAGGAGAAUGUUUCCGAUGUCCCUCUCAAUUUGGUGGCAACUUCACUCUCGGAGGAAACGCAUUAA